AUGAGUGCACUUAACACACGUGGCGAGGUAACCGUUUUGUGGUGCGCCACCGCCGCAGCGAUGGUGCUGAUCACCAUUACCACGGUGGUGGGAAAUCUCGUGGUGAUGGCGGCGCUGUGGCGGGUCAGGCGUGCUCCGUCACAUUAUCCACUGGCGAGUUUGGUCACAGCCGACCUCUUUGUGGGUAUUACUGUGCUGCCUAUUGCUGCUGGGAGAGAGCUUUUUGUGUUUCAUUUGGAUUGGACACUAUGCUCGUUCUGGAGCACAAUGGACGUGCUUUGCUGCACGGCGUCCAUUUUGUCGUUGUGCGUGCUUGGCUGGGAGCGGUGGUGUGCCAUAACGAAACCUUUGGCUCGAGCUAGACGGGCUCGUCAUGCCAGACUGUUGGCAGUGCUUGUGUGGCCGGUGGCAACUCUGGUGGCGUUUCCCACUGUGUUCAUACCGUCACCGUAUCACCACCAGCCGGGGGAGCUGGCGAAAGCAUGCACUGUUAACACUAACAUUAUCGUGGCAUUAUCAUUCUACGUGCCCGCCAUUAUAAUGAUCGCGUUGUACACUUGCAUAGUCCGCGCACUCGCCGCGCCGCCGCCGAUUCGAGCGCACCGUGGACGUACGCCCAUACCUGAAGCUGCAACAACGGGUCAAGGACAAUUUUUAAGAUGCAGCACACCUGCUCCAUGUGGAACUACCCUUGUUCCACAGAGAUUGUCGAUACUUCUAACACCGAAAGGCUGUCAUCUGAACGUCCCCGGGGGUAACAAUAAUGUUCAGUCUACUCCUAUGAAGUCGACAGAUGCAGAGGACGGCAUCGGGGCCCGGCAACGUCGCGCGACACGCACCAUAGUGAUGCUCAUGUCCCUUUUCCUGAUUUGCUGGACUCCGUUCUUUGUCAUGUUGCCAGUUGGUGAGACAGUUUGA